GAUAUUCUCAUCUCCCCCAUAACAACAAAAAUAAAAACAAAAGCAAAAACGAGGGUAGAUAGAAAAAUGGCGAGCUCCGACGGCAUAAAACACCGAACAGUUGACAUAAACGGCAUAAAGAUGCACGUAGCAGAGAAAGGUGAGGAGGGUGCCCCAAUUGUACUCAUGAUCCACGGGUUUCCUGAAUUAUGGUACUCUUGGCGUCACCAAAUCCAAGCCCUCUCCAGCCUUGGUUACCGUACUGUUGCCCCCGAUAUGAGGGGCUACGGCGAUACUGACGCCCCAUCUGAUUCUAGUAGCUACACUUAUGGCCAUAUUGUGGGGGACUUGGUGGCCUUGAUUGAUGAAUUGGAGGCUGAUAAGGUGUUUGUGGUGGGACAUGAUUGGGGUGCUGUCGUUGCUUGGUGGUUCUGCCUUCUUCGCCCUGAUCGCGUUAAGGCGUUGGUCAAUCUUAGCGUCGCUUUUACUCCCCGGAAACCUAACAAUAUGCCACUUGAUAAGCUUCGCUCUGCCUAUGGUCAUGAUUAUUACAUUUGCCGUUUCCAGGUACCUGGAGAAGUAGAAUCUGAGAUUGUUGAAGCUGGAGUUGACAAAUUCUUGAGGAAAUUUUAUUCAUACCGAGACCCAGGACCCUUGUUUUUGCCAAACGGACAAGCUUUCAAGGAUGUGCUUCCUUAUCCCAACUGGUUGUCUGAAGAAGAAGUUGCUUAUUACUGCCACAAAUUUACUCAGUCCGGCUUUACUGGAGCAUUGAACUAUUACCGUGCUCUUAAUCUGAACUGGGAACUGAUGGCACCAUGGACAGGAGUACAAGUAAAAGUACCAGUGAAGUUUGUUGUAGGAGAUUUGGAUCUAACUUACCAUCAGCCUGGAGUAAAGGAAUACAUUAACCAAGGGGGAAUGAAAAAAGAUGUGCCUCUUUUGCAAGAGGUGGUCAUACUUGAAGGAGUUGCCCAUUUCUUGCAUGAAGAAACGCCUCAUGUGGUCUCUAAUCACAUCUAUGACUUUAUUCGAAAAUUUUAAUGCUUCCGCUUUCAUUCUACUCCUAAUUACUUGUCUAGUUAAAAACAACAAUUCAGACUACAAACUACUACGCCAAUUAUUAUUUGACGGCCGUCUAUAUGUCAAAAACUCAAAACUACCAAGUAUUUAUUCAAGUUUAAUGUUUGGUGCAA